AUGAGAAAAGACAAAUUGGAUCGGACUAUUCUCAAUAAACAUGUUAAAAAUAUUAAACAUGUUCAAUUUAUGACAGCAUGUUUGAAGAUUCUCAACGAAUUACAUAAUGUGCUUGCAAAUACAUUUUACGUGGUUGGAGAAACAGACGCUGGUCGAGGAGUCUGUGGGGAACGCGGUGGAGGCUCUGGAGGCAUUUCAGAGCGUGUUCGUGAACGUCGAGGUGCCGUAGGAUUUCGUAUCAUUGCCAUUACUGGAGCCGAUAUUGGCUCUUUUGGUCUUUGCGGAGAUAGUCUAUGGGGUGACAAACGUCCCGGUGACGGAUCAGGAGUGCUCGGUGGAAGCAUUAGUGGUGGAAGAUUGGCACAAGGUGAUCCACGGGAACCUCGACGUUCCUUUAAGCCCAUAGGAGGCGGUGGAGAAAUCGGUACCUCCUCGUCUUCAGCUGCUGCAACUACAACUAACGGUUCAGUUCUUGUCAAAGCUAAAGCUCUUCUCACGAACGGGAAAGUCUCAGAAAUUUCUGAUGUAGAUUUACGCACUGGAAAUUCUGUUUCACUAUCACGUUUCUUUGGUCUACAACGCUCGAACGUAGGGUCCCCUGAACCUCCCACUGUUUCAGAGAUUUGUCUAGUAAGAGCGGCAUGUUUUAUCGAAUCCGACUUAGAGCGAGGCUCUCUCGUCUUUGGCGUCGGAGAACGUCGGUCACCAAACUUUUUGCUGGCGGCACGUUUAAUAGACGAAAAUAGUCCAAGUUUUUCCGGCGGUUUGUCCGCUAGAGGAGGACCAGGUUGA